UUUUUAAGAAUGAUGAUCAAUUCGGGUCAGCUAUAUAUAUCUUGUAUAUUUAUUAUUGUCUUAUUUAAUUUAAAGUUCAGCCUGGGCUUAUACUUUAUGAAUAUUUACGACACAUUUGUAUUGUCAGUUUAGCUGGGUUUCCCACUGUCACAUUAACAGAUGUCUUCACGUUUUUAUGAAAUAAACAAUGAAACACCCUUUCAUUUUAGUCUAUAUUACCAUACCUCAUUUAUAUGGUCAACGUGUGUAUUUUAAAAUUCUUGUGAUGUGUUUUGUUGUGCUAUUGUUGUUCAUGUUUUCUUUAUGGCAAUUAUUUGGUUGUAAUAUUUUCAUUAACAUAUCCUUGUUAAGUCUGUAACUACUAAAAACUAUAAGUAAUUUUAAUAUUCUUAAAAGCUUCAUAUUCAUAUAUAUAUAUAUAUAAUAUAUAUAUCUUAUUUGUAUGUGGUGUGGUGUGUCUUAUAGUCACAAUGUAAUUUUAACCUUCAAGUUUUGUCUUGUAGUCACAUCUGGUCAGUCUAUUUGUGACUUGUAGUCACAAUAGUUCACAUAAGGUUAUACCCAAGGAGUGUCCGUAAAGGUGACCGGUAGCUGCAGAAUCCCCCAGCCCGAGCCAGAGAACAGAAAUAUCCUUUCACGUAUCCUUCAGUUAAUGAAAAAGCGUGUCUUUAUGAUGCCAAAAACUUGCUGAAGUUUCUUUCUACAUUUUUAUUUAUCAAACUAUUUUCCAUUAUUAUACUUUCAUUAAUGCUUCAUAAGUGUAAUAUCUAUCAAUUUUAUUUUUUUAUAUCAAUUUUAUGUACAGGUAUAUGUUUUGUAAACACAUUUUGAUUUAUAUAAUUAUAUACAUAGGUGUUUCAUCAAAUAAGCAAGUUUCAGGUUUCAAGUAUUUGUGUACGUAUAACAUUUGUGCUCAUUAUAAGCAAGACAUAUGUAUUUGUAUCUAUCUAAAACACACUCUAGUGUUAUUGUCACUAAAAGCCAUGCUCGCUAUUUAAUAUACCAUCAUUUACCGGUAUGUGUCUUUAUGUACUUAAGUCAUGAACAAUGUGAAUCAUAUUCACAAUCUUGAACUCGUGGGUUAUAUACUGUAUGAAUUAUAAAAAAGCGGCUCUUCUUAACAUUUGAUUAUGUUUUCGACUCACAGUAUAUUUUACAAUAGGAUUUUGGAGACAAUUAUUUAUAAUCUCUUUAGCAAUAUUAAUGUAAUUUUUAAUAUCUGUCAUUAUAUUUUCAAGAUUAUACCAAGUUUAAAUCAUUUUAAUCAUCUGUUCUGUAUGCUGCUGGUUUUAUAAUAUAUGCACGCUGUUAGUUAUCAUUUCAGGCCAUGCCUACCUCUCAACACCGCAAUACAAAGGACCUGUCCGCUGGCUGGCACUUCCUGUACAAGUACUACAAAGGGGCGAUAAGGCACGUUCCCAGCCCUUCCUUUGAACACUACAUUAACCUGCCUACCUCUCAACACCCCAAUACAGAGGACCUGUCCGCUGGCUGGCACUUCCUGUACAAGUACUACAAUGGGACGAUAAGGCACGUUUUCAGCCCUUCCUAUCGAACACUACAUUAAACCACGAAGGACCAGAACGAACAAUUACGGCUAGAAACAGGAAGACUUCACUCUUCAGAACAUUGUGUUUUAUCUAGUGAUCUUCAGUUUUUUAGUUUUAUAUGUCAUACUUAUACAUUUUUAAUGUUAUGUCCGAUUAUAGUUAUCAGCUCAGGCUGAUACUAAUGGUUUAGUUCUCUCCGAAGUAAGUAUGUAUAUGCCUGAUUAAAAUUUUUUCAGUUUAGACUGAUAUUGAUGUUAUAGUUCUCUACGAAGGAACUAUUUUUAUGCAGGCCUUGAUUAUAUUUUUCAAUAUUCGGCCUGAUUUUGCUUAUACCGUUCAGGCUGAUAUUGUUGUUAUAGUUCUCUACGCAGGAACUAUGUUUAUGAAGGCCUUGCUUAUUCAUUUUUCAAUAUUUGGCCUGAUUUUGCUUAUACCGUUCAGGCUGAUAUUGUUAUUAUAGUUCUCUACGCAGAACUAUGUUUAUGCAGGCCUUGCUUAUUUAUUUUUCAAUAUUUGGCCUGAUUUUGCUUAUACCGUUCAGGCUGAUAUUGUUAUUAUAGUUCUCUACGCAGAACAAUAUUAUAGUUCUCUACGCAGAACUAUGUUUAUGCAGGCCUUGCUUUUAUAUUUUCCAUUAUUCAGCCUGAUUUUAGUUAUACCGUUCAGGCUGAUAUGGAUGUUAUAGUUCUCUACGCAGAACUAUUUUUAUGCAGGCCUUGCUUAUUAUUAUUUUCCAAUAUUCAGCCUGAGUUUAGUUGGACCGUUCAGGCCGAUAUUGAUAUUUUAGUUCUCUACGCAGAACUAUGUUUAUGCAUGCCUUGCUUAUUAUUAUUUUCCAAUAUUCAGCCUGAAUUUAGUUGGACUGUUCAGGCCGAUAUUGAUAUCUUAGUUCUCUACGAAGGAACUAUGUUUAUGCAGGCUUUGCUUAUUAUAUUUUACAAUAUUCAGCCUGAUUUUAGUUGGACCGUUCAGGCCGAUAUUGAGAUUUUAGUUCUCAACGAAGGAACGUACGUGUCUCUCGGGGAGAUCAAAAAGACACCUCAACAGUGGGGAUCAAAACCCACGACCUCCUGGUCGCUAGGUGGACACCCUAUCUACUACGCACGGCGACCUUCAAAAUUAUCUUCAAAGACUUGUAAUAUCGAUAAACUUAAAAAAAUCGUUGGAACCGCAAGGGCCAGGGUUUUGAUAUUUGGCAUGUAACAUUUGAUAGUUUUCCUCUUCAAAUCAUGAGCCAGGAGUCAAAACUAAAGGGUCACAGGAUUUAUAUAGACUUCUUAUGUAAAUAGCAUAAAACAAUUUGUAUUGUUUGAAACGAAAAGGUCAGGGGUGUAUCUUUGGAAAUAGUGCACAAUAGUAUGAUGAUCCUCUACUGUUUGUUAAAAAAUGAGGCCACCUUAUUAAGUUUGAGAUCAUCCGUAUAUAAUUGAUGUUUUAGGAGUACAUCUUUGCCUUAACAGUUUUCAGAAAGUAUCUGCACAGUAUGCAAUAUCAAAACGAUAUUUUAACAGCACAUAUUCAAAGCAAUAUAUUAUAUAGUACAAUUAAGCACAAUUACAUCAAUGAAUCAUACAAUUCAUUUUGUAGGAAAAUAUGUUCCAUUACGAGUUUUAAACCAUAAUAACAGCAGAGCGAAAUAAUAAAAUAGCCGACACCCCAACAUUACGUUGUAAAACAGGGAGAUGACUUGAAUAUUAACUAUAACUUCUUGUCGUCGUUUCCUCCCUUGAUUCUGACUACAAAUUUAUCGCUGAAACGUGAGCGUGUACGUUUUCUAUUACUCGCACCAAAGAAGGUUAUACAUAGAAAGGUUUAUAUAUGCUACCAGUAAUACUUUUUCAUAGAUCUACAUACUCUUAAUAUGUCAACAUUUUUGAGUAAUUAACUUAUUCACACAAAAGAAUCCGCAUUUUACACGAGCGGUAGAAACUUUCCUGCUUAGCAAGCGUUUUGUGACAUGCUGCAUGUUUUCUUGCCGGGAGAAUUUAAACAGUUACUUUUCUAAAAUUUGAUUUUAAAUAUUUUAGGUCUUAAUACUUCGCGGUGGGUACACUUGUACAAUGUCUUUGCUUACAUCCUGAACCCACUGUACAAUGAGUAAGAUGACUGCGUGGAUACCAUUGCGAGGCGCCAACUAUCUGGUGCUGGUGGUAUUAGUGAUGAUGAUGGUGAUGAUCCCCUUUGCCGCUUCGGACCCGUGUGACGUGAACAAGUCUCCAUGCGUAUGCUCGCCGUAUGAGGACAACAAGCUGCGCAUUGACUGCUCAAAGGUGACUCCAAAACUCGGAGCCGUACCCGAGUCGAUACCGAAGCAAACCGCAACUUUAGACUUGUCCGACAAUUUGAUCGGCGCUGACACGUUGGACAGGCUGUGUAAACUCGAGUACAGACACCUCCACACAGUAAAUCUGUCAAGGAACCACAUGACAGCCAUUCAGCCAAGGACAUUAUCCAGAUGCUUUAUAUGGAAGAGCAUGAAUUUUAGCGGGAAUGUCUUUGAACGUUUGUCACGCGAAUCGCUGGUCGGACUCGAAAAUACUGAAAAAAUAUUUGGGCUAGAGGCACGAUAUUUUACGGACGGGGCAUUGAAUGAUCUACGGGCACUGAAAGUGUUAGAAGUAAUAAUAUUACAAGAUCAAAUGUCACCAAACAUGUUUGAGCGAUUGGAAAUAAGGAAUCUCAGCAUGACAAUACGUUUUGCGAUGGAGAUACCCGAGGAAGUGUUCGUGCCACUCGCUAGAAAUCUGAAGGCGUUCAAGAUUGAAAGUCCAUCAUUGACACAUGUGCCUAACGUAUUGUUUAAAAAUUUGGAGACUUUGGCGCGUCUGGAACUCGUUCUUUCUCAAAUUACCGACAUUUCUGAAAACGUGUUCUCUCAUUCGUAUCUACAGUCCUCACUUCAAUCGAUAGUCAUCAGAGGAGUGAACAAACUGCCGAGUGGACUCUUUGACAAUCUUCACGCGCUGCGAAAUCUUGAAAUACACCACAUUGCCGGUUUGCCGCACGACUUAUUUCAAGGGUUGCGCAAUCUAAAUACGUUAGACCUUGCUGGCACCCGCGUGGGUGUUGUACCAAAAAAUGCUUUUUCGUUUUUGCACAAUUUGGAAGAGUUAAUUCUAAAGGACACCGGAUUAACGAGUUUAAAUCAAGACGACAUUGUGUCAAUGGCGAAAUUGAAGAGAUUAGACGUCUCGCAUAAUUCCAUUCGCGAACUUGACAGCGGAUUAUUCGACACACUGCGCGUGUCAGUGGAAGAAAUUGACGUGAGUUUUAACAGUCUAAAGGUAAUACCAGUCGGACUUUUCUCUGAGCUUCCGAUGUUAAGAAAGCUGGUCUUGAAUAAUAACAAUAUUUACUCAAUUGAUCGCGCUGCGUUCUCGAAACUCAACAAUUUAAGAGAACUGCGGUUACAAAAUAACAAGAUAUUCAGUAUCGAUUCACAGUUAUUUAGUGAUUUGACGCAAGUAGAGACGGUCGAUCUUUCGUCAAACGUGUUUAAUGAAAUUCCGGAUGGAUUAAUGAAAAACACACACAGAUUAGUCAGUUUAAAUUUAGCUGAUAAUCGGCUGACAAACAUCGACAAUGUGUUUACUGAAGACGCGCCAUAUUCGCUGCGUGAAAUGAAUGUUGAUUAUAACCCAAUCUGGUGUGACUGCGACAUUUGGAAUUCUAAGAACUUAGUUAUAAAUGUAAGCUUGAUUGGACAUUGUCGCUAUCGUCAAACAAACGAAAAAGUGACAAUUACACGUUUUUUCUUAAUGGGAAAUGAUUGUUCUAGUGAAAACCCCGACAAUCUAUAUGCGUAUUCAUCGACCGCGCGGUCUCCAUCCGUAACAAUAACGUCUAACGAGACAUUGUUUACGCCAACGGACGCACGUAAUACUAUAAGCGGUGUUGUCACAAGGGGUAAUGCAGAAAUCGGCGAAUCAACUCCGACUGGCCAAGCAUUUCGAUUAACCGAAAGCGACAGAGAUGCCUCUAGCAGCGGGGCAAGUAUACCAACUGAUUACUCGCCCAACAUUUUUCCGCAUGAUUCAACAGUGCGAGAAAAUGCAUUAAACACGAUUGGAUUUGAAGGGCCGAGAUUACCAACUGCCAUUCCGACUGCUUCGAUUGGAACGCACAUAGCUGAUAUUCCUAGGUAUUUCAGCACCUGCUCGGAGAGCGAUGCUGUGCUAUGUAGUACAAAUACACGUUUAUCAGAUGCACCCGUGGAUAGCGUAGGAAUAAAAUCGCGAAGUGUGGAAAAUAAUUUCAUUUCAACGGAUUUUUCUUACUCAAUUGUAUCAACUGGGGGAAUAUUUGUUACCCCAUCUGCCAACGAAGAGAUCAAUAAGAGCAAAUCAGGUAUUUAUUUAUCUUCCACGGAAAUAACACAUUCAAUCGGAAUCCUUGUAUCUUCACAACAAUAUAGUACAGUUGCGAGUGAGAACUUAAAAAGAGAAACUUAUACAGAUAGUUUAAACACUAUUUUAUCGGGUGAUUCUGUCGAUCGCUCAAAGGUGGCAAACGUAGUCAUCGAUGAGCCCCUGUUUCCGGUGACGUCAUCCUCUAAUGGGCUGCUGCCUUCUUUCGAGAUCCUGCCGACGCCGACACUAGUGAAAAUUUUACACGAAAAUGACGAAAGAAUGACUAGCAAUGGGACUUCCGGCGAAUUGAACGCGUCAUCGACUACGUAUGACGGCAAAAACGUCACCGUACUGGACGCGACGUACAACGUGGGACUGAACCCGCGACCUGCACUUAACCCAGACGAAGCGGCGGUAUCACCGGAAGAAGCGACACGGUACUACUACCUGGCCGUAGCGUUCAUAGUGACGGUGACAGUCGUAUGCGUGUUGAUAAUUGGAUUUGUUUACUACCGCAGGAAACGCCAAAAUGCGUACGAAAUUUCCGUGCGAACGGUCGAUGGGGAUGAUUUGUACGCCACGUUGGCUUCCAGUCGGACGCCGUUAAAAAAUGUCCCUUCCAUACAGAUCGAGUCGGUCGACGACGACGGGAAUAUUCGCGUGGAAAUGUACCCUACGACGUCAUGUCAGACGCGGUAACCCAGCAAUUUGAUAUACUAUUAUGGCAAGACUGAUUAAAAAUAAGAAAAUGUUGCGUGACAAGAAACUAAAUACAUAUAGUCCUACGGGAUUUUCUACCAUUCCAGACCACAGGUGGGUAACGUGUGGCUAUGAUAUUAAUUAGUGAAAACAUCAUUUUGAAUGAUAAAUAAUCGUAUUAUAACGAAAAAUCAACCUUUCUGAAACUUUUUUUUUCACUAUUAUCAAAUAAAUAUAUACAUGUUGUAUAAAAAAGGUAUUCAACUCGAAAUCACUCGAACAGAGAGUGCAUCGCUUUGAACAGCCAUUACUUUAUCAAUUGAGCAGCGAUUUCCAUAAACCCGGUCUUAUUCAACGCAGAAAUGAAUUUCCUUUCUGGGAAUGCAUAUA